CUCUCUCUGGGAAUCAUGGGGCACUCCAACGUCUGGAACUCUCACCCUAAGAGCUACGGCCCUGGCUCCCGCACCUGCCGCGUGUGUGGAAACCCCCACGGGUUGAUCCGCAAGUACGGGAUCAUGUGCUGCAGGCAGUGCUUCCGCAGCAACGCCAAGGAGAUUGGAUUCAUCAAGUACCGUUAGGAGGAUGUUGAUCUUGGAUGUACUAGUGCUCGCAUAGCGAAUCCUCAGUGGUUUCAGCGUAGUCUUUUUUGAGCUUUUGAUGAACUCUUAAGAAGAUGUUUUCAUUUAAUCUACUUUUGGACUCUCAAAUCAAUUGUUGAAUUGUUAUUGUUUUGGGAUUAUUGACUUAUUGUUACUUUUUGAGUU